UCCAAAGAUUUUGCAUCGCAUCCAAUCCGAUUCAAAUCACGCGAAGCUCUUGCUCCAACUGGAGCUGUUUUUUUUCAAAGGCAAUCUCGUGAGUUGCCUUCUGAAGCACCGCACCAUGAUGUAGAGACAAAAAUGUUGGCUCAAGAACUCAAGAAUGAGUCUACCCCUAGCUUAAAUACUUCCCUAACGGAUGACCAGUACAGCAAUUCCAUGGCCUCUGCAAGCCUACCAGAAAUUAGAAUGACCCCCUUGGAUUCAGUAAUAGCAUCAAAUUCUUCAGUAAUCGUCACUCAGGAAGACUCAAUGAGUACACUCAAUAAAGAUGAACAAAAGCGCAGCAGUAUCGACAGCACUGUCAUGGGAAAUGAAUUGGGUCAGGAUGAUCUGGCACUAAAUACAACAGAAAAUGAGCUUUGCGAUGAUGAUUAUGAAUGGAACGCUGAUAAAGGAAUUUGUACGCGCAUUCUGGUUGGGUGCCCAAGGAGCAUGAUUAUGGACAAGAAGACACAAAAAUGUAUCAAACAUGAGCUAACUGGCAUUAUCUGUUUGCCUGGCUACGUUUUCAAUACAGAAACCAACAAAUGUGUGGGUAGGUUUAUGAUUCUAUUAUGA